CAAGGCAUAUUCCAUACAUUCCCAAAAUUGGUAUAACUCUCAAGUCUCAUCCAACCACAUGGACCAAAAACUCACCUUUCACCAAUAUCAUCAUACAUACUCACCUUAUUCCAACCUAUCAUCAUCAUCCUUAACUCUUCAUCAUCAAUGUCACUUACAGGAGCUUCUGUUUGAGCUCCAACAAUGUCUUUAACACCUGUUUUCUCAUGUGGGCCAUUGUUAAACCUUCCCACAACCAAUCUUAGAGGUUUUAGAACAAAACCUGUCACUGUUAGACUGCUUAGUUCUUUAGCUUUACCUCAAAGGUUGUUUGCACAUUGGAAUACAAACGGACACGUUUCUCACCUCUUCAGAAGCAGAAUCAAAUGCUCUAAACAUGAGGGUGAGGAAAAUUACGAGGCGUUAAAAUCUAAGGAUAUAUCAGAUACACAAGAUAGGUUCAGUAAUGAGGUGAAAGCAAAUGGUAAAGAGCGGCAUAAUAAGACGGAGAUCCCGUUCCUGGCUAUGAUUGCAAUUGCGUUAGGCAUAGCCGCAUUAGCUACAAUAGCAUCCAUUCGCCAACAGCCUAUUCUAGGAUCACCGUCCGGUCUGCAGAUUCUGUCAGAUGGUUCUUCCUCUUCAGCAGUUGCUCCUGUUGCUGUUGGUUUCACUUUCAAAGUUUUUGGAUUUAGCGUUAUAAUUCCGCAAUGUGCACCAGGAUGGAUCUACUUCUGGUUGCUGAUGGCUGCAGGUUGCGGACUUUUCAUCAGUGAAGAAGCUUUAAAUAUUUGGGUUGGUACGUCAAUAGCAAGGCUUCUGUCUCUCGAUGGAACAUGGCAGUCGUUUGCUGAAUCUUUCUCAAGGAAUGCUCCGUACAUCAUAUCAACCGUUCUAUGGGUUUAUUGGGGAGUUUGCAUUAGUGACAUGAUACCCUUUUACUUGGGGAAGCUUUUCAGACAGUCUGGCGCAUCUGCUGAUGUUACUUCAAGGUUAGGCAUUGGCAAAGAGAAGGCUAUAGAAAUCACAGACGUUGUACAAAAGUAUGGCAAUCUUAUUGGUUUUGUUGAACGAUUCUCUCUCGGAGUGAGAAACCCUACAGCUUUUCUUGCAGGAGCCUUGGGUAUUUCUCCGGAGUUGUUUUUUGCAGGGGUCUGUGGUGGGGGUCUGUUCACACUUUCCAUUCAGCUUGGAAUAGGAUUCCUUUUGAGGGAACGGCCGAUAUUUGCUCUUGCUACUGUCGCAACCGUAAUGGGAAUUUGGACAAUUUUUCCAUAUGCUGUGGCUGCUUCAACUGCUUUAUUCUUUUAUGUCAGGCGGAAGUACUUAUCUUAGUCCUUGAAUGCCAUAUAAGAGUAUUCGGGAUAUUGAUUCCUAAGUUGUAUAUGCAGAUAAGUGACAUAUUCAUCCAUUUAUUGAACUUUUUCUAUCUUAUCAGUCACGUCAACCAAUUUCUGUUAUAGGUAAUGAUCAAUUACUAUGGCUGAUUAGCCAUAUAUACGAGUCUAGGGUUCAACAUUUAAGAUUCUUUUGUAAAUGAAGAAUAACUUAUUAAUAAAUCCCUUUGUGGUACUUGAAUGUAUUUAAUAAAUAAUUGGCUUUUUUAAUA